CAAACAAACCAGCAUUAGACUGUGCUUCAUCUCAACAACGCAUCAGUCAGAGUUCAAUUCGAUUUGUAAGAGUAGCAGAGGCCUACUACGCACUUGCGUAGGACGGAAAACAGUUACCUAAGAGUUGGCUUUCGAGUGCGGAGAUAAGCGGCAUUCGGACUUUGGAAUACCUUGACGUGCGAACACCACAGCAACCGGGCUUCGUGAUACUCCAUCAAGUGAACAACACACCAUUACUCUUGGCUUCUAUAAUCAACCUCUUCUCCGACGAUAACCUGAUCUAUAUCGUAUACAGUUCAACUAUAUUUAUUCCACGAACCUCUCCUAGGCCUUCUAACUCCCUUAGCCCACGGCCCGUUGCCUCUACACAAAUCAACGUGAAUGCGACCUUUCACUCCCGCCGGCACGAAGACAUUCCUCCUUCGCCAGGCCAACAUCAUCUCUCCCAUACCACCAAGGACCAUCAUCACCACAACUCGACGACGUCUUCACCUCACAACCAUCAACAAGAUGUCCGCCGAAGCAACCCCCCACCGCAUCAACAUCACCCCCUCCAACAUCGGCCUCUGGUCCAAGUCCCCCACCAUUCACUCUCAACCCCCCACCGCCUACACGCUCCUCUCCGACCUCCUCCAAGCCGACAUGCACGACCACCACGUCUUUUUCAACAAAGACGGCUUCCACAACCACAUCCCUCACCACCUCCUCGCUCUCUACGGGACCUCUGCCCCCUCUGAAGCGCUGCAGAAAGCCUACGACGUUAACGCUUCCUACCAACGCCCUACGUUGCCAGAACACCAGGAAGUCGUGUCCGACUUGAUCCAGAACUGGCGGGACGACGCGGCCAAGUACCUGGGCAAAGAGGAGCACUACCCUGAUUUCCUGGCCUUUUUCAAGCGGGAGAUGGAUUCCCGCGGCGAGGGAAAGUAUGAGCAAGUGGUGAAUGAGUAUUUGUUCGCGGGCACGCCCGAGGCGGAUAACUUGUUGGUGAGGCUGUACAGCGGGUUCUUGCAUCCGCUGAUCCAGCUCAUGUACGGGCUGGAAUGGAAGCAGCCGGCGAUCGUGGCGGAGGGGUUGGCGCAGGCGGCUGUGCAUGGGGAUGAGAUUGGGGGGUAUCUCCUGGGAGCUGAGCAGGCCGCAAAAGCUAGCAGCAAACCGGAUGACGGUAUGGGGAGGGUGGUGGAGGACUUGUUGGAAAGGGGAGUGAGAGGAAACAGAAAAUUGGCGGAAGCGGCGAGGAUGAGUGAUGCGAAUAAAGUCAGGGAUGGAGUGUUGAAGAGGGCCAAAGAGGAGGCGAUCCAGCUGGCGGCCAAGGUGAAGGUGGGAAAGGAAGAGUUGCAGGAGAGGACGGCGGAGAUGUAUGAUUCCGCCGUGUUUAUGGCUAGUGCGGCGGCGUUGGUGAAGAGGAAUACGAAGUUGCCGAGGUUUGAUUUCUUCUUGAUGCACCAUGUCACAUCAGCACCGUUUUUCACGACAGUCAACGCACAAGAUUGGAUAUCACUUGACACCAAGGUCCGUCUUCUCGAGUGGAAGAUCAGGAUGGAUUUGGUUCAGUACGCGGCGCGUGGAGCGCCGGAGUUGUCGCUUGAUGCUAUUACUUCUUAUCAGCCUAAGGAGAAGAAGACAAGUGGGACUCCUGAAGAAAUCAUUUCCAACCUGCAUUUCUUUGAGGACGAUGGUCAUAGCAUCAAGCUUGCCCGAGCUGCACGUAUUUGCCAGCUCUAUUAUCAAACAAGAGAUGACGAUUACUGGAACAAGGUCUACCACCUGAUUGUCGACUCGGUCCUCGCACCAGGACCAAACUGGGUACGUAGCUGUGGGUUCGAUGAGGCAUGGGAGGAUAUUCCCAAUGUCGAGUAAAAGGCAUCUAGCAAUCCACAAAUGUUGGACUAAGGGGGUAUGGCAUUGCUUUCACACAGUUUCGCAUGGCGUUGUAGUUGUAUCCCAAAACCCCUAUUUUCUCUAUUGCCAUGAAUUGGUAUCAAAAUCAUCUGUACAAGUUAUAAACUAGAAUGCCGGUUGACAAACAUUUUCCGUAUCAG